AUGCUCUCUCCCGCCGCCGCCGUCGUUGCGGCCGUUCGUGCGGCGGCGGGUUCGCGGCCGGCCGUACGCUGCGCCCACGCAACUCUACUCAAGGAGGGCCUGGCUCUCCACCCUCCCGCGCCGUCCCUCCUUGUCUCCGCCUAUGCCAAAUGCCGCCUGCUCCCCGACGCCCGUCAACUGUUCGACGAAUCCCCGCAGCGGGAUCUGCACCUCUACUCGUCACUCCUCGCUGCCAUAUCCAACUCCGACUCUCCCGCCCUUGUUCUACCUCUGCUCCGCCGCAUGCUCUCGGUAGAUGCCCUCCAACCCGACCAUUUUGUGCUUGCUUCCAUCGCCAGUGCCUCCGCCAGGUUGCGCAGCCUCAGUCUUGGUAAGCAGGUACAUGGACAUUUUGUUGCUUCCCCAUAUAGCGACGACAACGUUGUCAAGUCAUCGCUUAUCGACAUGUACUGCAAAUGUGGUGUCCCGGAAGAAGCCAGGAAGGUGUUUGACAGUAUGACUGCCAAGAACAAUGUCGUGUGGACUGCGCUUGUUUCUGGGUACGCGUCAAACGGCUAUACUGACGAGGCGCUACAGCUCUUUCGGAGCAUGCCUGGACGCGGAGGCCUCUUUACAUGGACUGCGCUCAUAUCAGGAUUUGUAAAAGCUGGCGAGUGUGUUAGAGCGGUGGAGCUGUUUGUUGAUAUGAGGCGAGAUGGCGUCACUAUUGAUGAUGCGUUUUUGUUGUCAGCUAUAACUGGUGGAGCUGCAGACCUGGCUGCACUUGUUAUGGGAAGGCAGUUGCAUGGUUUAUCCAUGAGGCUUGGGUUCUUGUCCAGCAUGAUGGUUGGGAAUGCGUUGGUUGACAUGUAUUCCAAAUGUAGCGACAUACACUCUGCUAGAGAAGUUUUUGAAGAGAUUACAGUGUGUGACAUCAUCUCGUGGACGACAAUGAUUGUCGGAGAGGCACAACAUGGUCGAGCUGAGGACGCUUUUGCUCUUUAUGACCGGAUGGUUCUUGCAGGAGUGAAGCCCAAUGAAGUGACCUUUGUAGGGCUGAUUUACGCCUGUAGCCAUGCUGGUCUUGUUCAGAAAGGGCGCCAAUUGUUUGACUCGGUGAAGCAGGAGUAUGGCAUCAAUCCUGGAUUGCAACUCUACACAUGCUACAUAGAUCUUCUUAGUCGCUCGGGCCAUUUAUCAGAAGCUGAAGAACUCAUCACUAGGAUGCCAUAUGAACCUGAUGAAGCUGUUUGGGGGUCCCUACUGAGCGCAUGCAAGAAACACAACAAUGCUGAAAUGUCUAUUAGGGUUGCUGAUAACCUAUUGGAGCUUAGACCAAAAUAUCCAUCAACAUAUGUCUUGUUAUCUAAUGUUUAUGCAGUGAAUGGCAAGUGGGGUUCUGUGGACACUGUAAGAAAGCUGAUGACUAAUACAAAGAUACUGAAAGAGCCUGGGUAUAGCAGGAUUGAUGUUGGAAGAGAAUCUCGUCUGUUUCAUGCUGGGGAAGUGCCACUUGAUAUGAGAGAAGCAAUUCUAGCUUUUCUUGAUGAAUUGGUCGUGGAAAUGCGCCAGAGGGGGUAUGUCCCUGAUACCAGUUCCGUGAUGCAUGAUUUAGAGGAGCAUGAAAAGGAGCAUCAUCUGUUCCUGCACAGUGAGAGACUGGCUGUUGCCUUUGGAAUCCUCAAGUCUCCACCGGGAUCAGUGAUCCGCGUGGUGAAGAACCUCCGGGUCUGUGAGGACUGUCAUACAGUGAUGAAGUUGAUGAGUGAAAUUUUCCAGAGGAAGAUCAGUGUGAGAGAUGCUAGUCGCUUUCACCAUUUUGAAGAUGGGAAGUGCUCUUGUAGCGACUUCUGGUAGCUGAUCUGCUGGCGUUCAGUUGUCCGUCUAGUCCUCUAGGCUCUAGCUACGGUAUAAGAUCUUACCUUGCUUUUGCAGUGUACUUCUUUGUCAUGCCUAAAAAGACAUGUAUGAAGUACCUUUUGCAGUGGACCUUGGCAUACUUCAAACUAGAACGAUCAUCUUCGCAAUUUGGAGAGAUGAUAGUAGUCAAAGAUCAUGUAGUUCACUUACUGUAAGUUUUCUCAUUUCUGUUCUGCUGGGCACUUGUUUUAGUAUAAG